CACCGCCUCGGUAUGAAACCGCCAAUAAACUGGACAGAAGAAGAAGCGGCAGGAAGAAGAAGGUCAGCAUGGCAUCUGGAGAACCGGGUCGUUUCUUGCAGCAGCUGAGGCAGAUGGUCGGCAGGAUGUCGUCUGGACCCGGUGGAGUCGGUUUGGGGGUCAAGCUGCUGAUCGGCGCUGGAGCUCUGGCCUACGGCGUGAAGGAAGCCGCAUACACAGUGGAAGGAGGACAGCGAGCGAUCAUCUUCAACAGGAUCGGCGGGAUGCAGAUGGACACGGUGCUGUCUGAGGGGCUUCACUUCAGAGUCCCCUGGUUCCAGUACCCCAUCAUUUAUGACAUCAGAGCCAAACCCCGGAAGAUCUCUUCACUAACUGGAAGCAAAGAUCUGCAGAUGGUGAACUUGACCUUGAGGGUUCUGUGUCGACCGCUGGCGUCCAACCUGCCUGUCCUCUACCAGCAGCUCGGGACGGACUAUGACGAGCGCGUCCUGCCCUCCAUCGUCAACGAGGUCCUAAAGAGCGUGGUGGCAAAAUUCAACGCUUCACAGCUGAUCACACAAAGAGCGCAGGUUUCUCUGCUGAUCCGCAGGGAGCUGUUUGAGCGGGCAAAGGACUUCAACAUCAUCCUGGAUGACGUGGCCAUCACGGACCUCAGCUUCAGCCGCGAGUACACCGCCGCCGUGGAGGCCAAGCAAGUCGCACAGCAGGAGGCGCAGCGGGCUCAGUUCUACGUGGAAAAGGCCAAACAGGACCAGAGGCAGAAAAUCAUCCAGGCUGAAGGAGAAGCUCAGGCCGCCAAGAUGCUCGGACAGGCCGUGACUAAGAACCCAGGAUACCUGAAACUGAGGAAGAUCCGUGCAGCCCAGAACAUCGCCAAGACGGUAGCACAGUCCCAGAAUAAAGUCUACCUGAACGCUGACAGUCUGGUGCUCAACCUGCAGGACGACAACAGGUUCAAUUUGUCGCUGUUGAAAUGAGACGUCUCGCCGUCAUUCAGUUGGUUCAGUGUUUGCAGAAAGAAAGAAAACCUUCCCAUCUUCUUGUAGCUCACUGACUUCUCACGUCUUGAAACAUCGGUUCUUCCCUUUUUGUUGCCUGGUUUGGAGUUUUAACGAGAACAGACUCUGAGCUUCUCGAUGUCACUGUGUUGCUGUUUUUAAGUUACACCAGCAAAGUUAGCUGUAAUUAGCAUAUAGGCUAACUGAUGCCGACAUUGUCACAUGUGCUUUAUAUGUUCAGUCUUUGAAAACGUACUGAUGUUUACAUCAAGAAAACUCUUUUUUUUU